CGUGGACAGUCACCCUGCGGCUCCCAGCUGCCAUGGACCCUGAAGGCCUGGCACUCAUGCUGCCCCCCGCCACCCUGGCAGCCCUGGCAGACACCUGGCUCCGAGAGGACUGCCCGGGCCUCAACCCCUCCGCCCUGGUCACUGGGGCCGCCCCAUCACAGGCAGCGCUGUGGGCCAAGUCGCCUGGGGUGCUGGCUGGGAGGCCGUUCUUCGAUGCCAUCUUUGCUCACGUCAACUGCCAGGUGUCCUGGUUCCUCCCUGAAGGAUCAAAACUGAUGCCUGUGGCCAAGGUGGCAGAGGUCAGGGGCCCUGCCCACUGCCUGCUGCUGGGGGAGCGAGUGGCCCUCAACACGCUGGCCCGCUGCAGCGGGGUGGCCAGCGCGGCGGCUGCCGCCGUGGAGGCCGCCAGAGGGAGCGGCUGGGCCGGGCACGUGGCGGGCACGAGGAAGACCACGCCAGGCUUCCGGCUGGUGGAGAAAUACGGGCUCUUGGUGGGCGGCGCCGCCCCCCACCGCUACGACCUGGGGGGGCUGAUGAUGGUGAAGGAUAACCACGUGGUGGCAGCCGGUGACGUGGAAACGGCAGUGCUAGGGGCCCGGAAGGCCGCCAACUUUGCCCUGAAGGUGGAGGUGGAGUGCAGCAGCCUGGGAGAGGCCCUGGAGGCAGCAGAGGCAGGGGCGGACUUCGUCUUGCUGGACAACUUCAGGCCUGAGGAGCUGCACCGCACUGCCCAGGUGCUGAAGGCCCGGUACCCAAAUGUGGGUGUGGAAGCCAGCGGGGGCAUCACGCUGAACAACCUCCCUCAGUUCUGUGGACCCCACGUUGACGUCAUCUCCUUGGGGAUGCUGACCCAGGCCGCCCCGGCCCUGGAUUUCUCCCUCAAGCUGUUUGCUGAAGGUGCCAUUCCAGUGCCUUACGCCCGCCCCUAGGUCCUAAAGACGCGGGGGUGAUGCUGGCUGCGGGAGAGGGCGCUUUGCUGGGGACCCUCCAGGUCCCACUCUGCUAAGUACAGGGGCCGGCAGGAUCUUCUCGGUUUUAGCCUGGGAGACAUCUGUCUCUGCCAGGUGCUGCUUGUGACCUCCACCAGGACUUCCCUGGUCACCUCAGCUCCCUAAUCUGUAAGACGGUUUUAGUAUGUGAUCAAGAGUGUGAAUUUGGAGGGUGAUAAUACA